AAUUCAACUCGAUAAGUCACAGCCUUUGCCCCUUAUCUUCCAAUUAUACAGAAACAUUUCAUAUUUCAUCGGCACGUCGACAUCGCUCGUGUGAACCAGUACACCGUUCGAACGGUCAGCAGGAAUAAUCGCGAAUAUUACACCGAAAGUUCCGCAGUAUUCCCGUUCGCGAGGCAUAGAAAGUAUCUGUUUGAUUUUUGGAGCGUGCGUAUUAUCGUAGCCGCGCGACGUUGGCAUGCAAACUACGUCGUCAUCCAAGAACACGGUGUGGCCUUGUAAUUUACAGACGUACAAGCUACAGCUCCACACACGUUGAGAAUUUCAACGGUACGGUGAAGUCCGAGAGAGAAAAACUGGUGCAGCGCGAUGGCAAAAAGGACUCGAACGGAAACGGAGUGUCUCGGUUCGCCAAGUGGAGGGAGGCUCGGGCACGUGUGAAACAGCUGUAGAUUUAAUCAGUGUAUAGAGCAGGUACGGGGCGACGCAUCAAAUCGGACUCCGAAUCGGACGCGAUGAUAUAGAGAGAGAGACGCGAAGGGAGACACGUCCAAUCGCCGGAGGCAGAAAGAUGACGGGGUUCAGCUUCGAGAAGCUGCUGAAGAGCAGAGUGCCGGUUCUAAAAUGGCUACCGGUCUACAAGCCGAAAGACGCGCUGGGUGACCUAGUUGCUGGCUUGACAGUUGGCCUGACCUUAAUACCUCAGGCGAUCGCCUACGCCGGACUGGCAGGAUUGACGCCCCAGUACGGGCUGUACAGCGCGUUCGCGGGCAGCUUCGUUUACAUUGUUUUUGGUACUUGCCGAGAAGUCAAUAUUGGCCCGACCGCGUUGAUCUCGCUGCUGACGUACACCUACGCGAGAGGUAUUCCCGAGUACGCGAUCCUACUGUGCUUCCUGUCGGGAUGCGUUACCAUCGUCCUCGGGAUACUGCGAUUAGGAUUCCUGGUCGAGUUCGUCUCGAUCCCAGUGGUGUCCGGGUUCACGUCCGCGACGAGCAUCAUCAUCGCCUGCAGCCAGAUCAAAAGUUUGCUCGGCCUGAAGAUCCACGGGGAAAGUUUCAUCGAAAUUUGGACGGAGCUGGUCAACAACAUCGCCAAGACCAGGAUCCCUGACCUGAUCUUGUCUUGCUGCUGCAUUCUAACUUUGUUGACCCUGAAGAAACUGAAAGACGCCAAGGUCUCGAACCGAAUACUGAAAAAGUCCAUCUGGUUCCUGGGAACCGGCAGGAACGCUAUCGUCGUCAUUCUGUGCGCGGUGAUUUCAUACGUUUACGAGAGCCGAGGUGGGGCACCGUUCGUACUGACGGGGCACAUCGAGGCGGGUUUGCCGUCCGUCCAGCCACCGGCAUUUUCGAGGACCGUUGGUAACCAGACCGAGACUUUCGUGGACAUGUGCAAGAACCUGGGCACCGGUAUCCUCAUCGUCCCGUUGAUAUCGAUCAUUGGGAACGUCGCGAUUGCCAAGGCCUUCUCGCGAGGCCAAACUCUCGACGCCACCCAAGAAAUGCUCACCCUCGGCCUGUGCAACAUAGCAGGUUCCUUCUGCCACUCCAUUCCCGUGACCGGUUCCUUUUCCAGGAGCGCGGUGAACAAUGCCUCCGGCGUGAGGACACCUUUGGGCGGCGUGUACACGGGUAUUCUAGUCAUCCUCGCUUUAAGCCUGCUCACUCCGUACUUUUACUACAUCCCGAGAGCGACGCUGAGCUCUGUUAUAAUCAGCGCGGUAAUAUUCAUGGUCGAGGUGAAGAUAAUAAGGCCGAUCUGGAGAUGCAGCAAGCGGGAUCUGAUUCCAACUUUCGCCACUUUCUUCGCGUGCUUGUUCGCCGGUGUCGAGCUGGGAAUUUUAAUAGGGGUGACGAUUGAUCUGGCUAUAUUAAUUUAUUUCAACGCCAGGCCGACAAUAUAUAUCGAAUACAGAAAUACUCCCGCGGCGAGUUACAUCCUCGUGCGACCCAGCGCCGGGCUGCUCUUCCCAGCGGUAGAUUACCUGAGGAUAUACCUGUUGGAGAAUCUGGCCGACGAUCAGCAAAAGCUACUGAAAACCUUUAAGAACUCGAAAAUCGUCGUGCUAGACUGCAAGCAUAUCGAUAAAAUUGAUUUCACCGCGGCGCAUGGCUUGAAUACGGUGAUAAACGACUUCAAGGGAAAAAAUCACAGGCUGAUAAUGCUACGGCCGUCCGCGGAGGUGUUGCGGAGCGUCCAGUCGCUGUCCGAGGAAAUCAUACCGGUCGUUUACACGGACGCGGAGCUCGUGGCAAUUUUGAAGGAGUUCAGUAUGAGCAAAAGGGUCCUGGAGUUCAACGCGGAAUUAAUAGACGUGACGAACGUAAAGCCCGACGCCCCGCCGAGGGACGAGCACGCGAGCACGAAACUCUGAGGCGAUCGACAAACCGAAAACGAUUUACCGAAGAAACGGUCGAAGAAAUCGACAACC